AUGGCUACCUUCACCGUCACCGACAUUUCCAGGGUCAACGGAGAUGUAAAUAACUACAACAUCAGACAGGGAUUCGGGGCGGCACAUGCGAGCACUGUUGUGAACGACGCCAUCUUUGACAGGACAGAACCGGUGCCCGGCCCAGUCGACCAAGGACAGCAUCCCGUCGCCUUUCGUUUCGACGCCAACCACAUUCCACUGACGGUGAGAGGCACUUGCGAUUUCCCCCUGGCCGCAGCCAACUACCGCCUAAGAGGCACCGGUCCCGGAAACUUUCAGAUCACGAGUCAGUCGUUCAACUCUGGGCCGGGGGGUGCAAACGUGGCCUUUACCGCCACUGUCUUCUCAAACGGCGCCUUGAACCCCCUUUCCCCCUUCAAAGUUGCCGGCAACUGGCAAUGGACCAUGUUGCGGGCUGCCGACAACAGCACUCUUGCCAUCGCCCCCACCACUCGCCUUGAGAUGUACUUUCUGCUGGGGCCACAUAGCCAUCCCGGCAUCUUUGCCACCACCUUCUUCUUGGAGCUCCUCCGUCUGUCUGCUCCUGACUACGUCACUCUUGCGGGCUUAGCAGCCGGUGCUCUGGAAGCAAGAAUCAUUCGUGACAUCGCAGCCCGGCUGUGGAACACGGGAGUGAAUGGAGCGCCGCUGUACUACGACUGUCGCCGAGGCUAUGGCGGAGCAUCGCAGCACAUACUCAACGGCACCGAGUUUAACUUGGAGACCAUUAUAACGAAGCCCCCGAACAGGUGUACCUGCAACUGCUACGAUCUUGCAUGUCUGGUCAAGUUGACUGUCGAUUCCCUCGGCCAGAGACCGGGAGGUGGCGCUUUUGUUGCGGGAGUUGCCGUGACCUACGACAGGCCGUUUGGUUACAUUACCCCCGGGCCGCUAUUCGGGUGGCAGAACUCACCAGCCCAUAUCAACUGCAACAACCCGUUUUGGCAAAACGCGGGCGUCGGUGGUGCGGACGAUCCCUGGAACGUGGCAAAGGACGACGCGCGGCGUCAACCUUUCCUUUCACAUUGCUACACCGUCUUCACAAACACCGCCGGCCAGCAACGCGUCGUCGACAUCUGCCACGGCAAUCUCAACCCGGUUACCAACUUGGCCACUCUUUUCGAUGGGGUAUCAGAUGUGCAAGGCUAUCGGGACACGGCCUUGGAUACGCCGGCAUCAAAUGUCUUCACCAUUACCGCCCUGAGCGUCUGA